GAAGGAACGACAUCUCAGCCCUGCAGCAGCUCGCAUUCCUGGCAUUCCACCUUUCUGAUGUCACGAGGCGUAGAUUUUUCCCCCCCAAACCCACAAACUCUGACCAUGUUAUUCCAUCGAAAAUAGUCUCGCUUGCAAAGUGGGGUGGGGGGGGAAAGAAAGAGGAGAAAGGGAGAGGCGAGGAAAGGGACGGAGAGAUCGGACGAGCUGGAAGCGGGAAGGGGAGCGCUGCCCCGGCGGCCGAGCUCUCUCCCCCCCCCCUCCCACCCUCACCCUACCCCGGGUGAAAGUAGUUGUCGAGAGCGCUGACUGAGCCGCGCUCCCGGGACAACGCCAGGCGAGCGGCUUCCCCGGGCCAGUGCACGCACAGCGUGGAUCCCUUGUCCGGGACGGUGCUACCGGCCCCGUGCCCACUUUUGGAAACUCCUCUCCUUUAAAAAAAACAACAAUAUAUAUACACAAGGAAAGGAAACACACAUUUUGGAAAGUCCUUUGGAGGGAGCGCACGCGCUGCUUGUGGAUUUAAUGGACUGGCCGGACUCAAUAAUAAAGGACACGUAAACAGGUAUAAAUAAACGCCAGCUGUUGCUACAUUCAACACAAGCUUUGUUCACCAUCUUAAGAGGGCCUCUAACAAGGCUGGUUCUGAAUUGAUAUUUGAAGUUGGAACCUUUUCAUUGUUGACUAUCUGGAGGAAAGAGAAAUUGUAAAUCUGCAGCUUGUGGUAACAAGCAAGAACUAAACUGCCAUCAGUCAAGGCCAAGAAAGUUAGGCAUUGGUGUUUUUUGGAAGCAUCAAAAUUCUUAAAUGUCAUCGGGAAAGGGACAGCUGUUUUCACCCUGUGCUGAGAAGAAGCUGUGAGGCGACUGGCAAACUGUUUAAGGGAUUCAUUUCUGAGGGACUCUGCUUCCAAAGCGAGUGAGCUAUGCCUUUCAGGCUGAAACUAAGGAGGACCAGACGCUACAACGUCCUGAGCAAGAACUGUUUUGUGACUCGCAUCAGAUUGCUGGACAACAAUGUCAUCGAGUGCACGCUGUCUGUGGAGGGCACAGGGCAGGAAUGCUUGGAAGCCGUGGCUCAGCGCUUGGAACUGCGUGAGACACACUAUUUUGGACUUUGGUUUCUCAGUAAAACUCAGCAAGGACGAUGGGUGGAGCUAGAAAAGGCCCUGAAGAAACAACUGGACAAAUUUGCCAAUGAGCCCCUCCUUUUCUUUGGAGUGAUGUUCUACGUACCCAGUGUGUCAAGACUACAGCAAGAAGUCACAAGGUAUCAGUAUUACCUUCAAGUUAAGAAAGAUGUACUCGACGGACGUCUACCCUGUACCCUGGAGCAAGGAAUCAGGCUAGCUGGUUUGGCUGUGCAAGCUGAUUUUGGAGAUUAUGGGCAGCAUGAGUCUCAGGAAUUCCUCAGGGAAUACGUCUUGUUCCCAAUGGACUGGGCUCAGGAUGAACGCAUGUUAGAGGAAAUGACGAGGAAGGUAGCAAUGCAACACCAGGCCUACAGUGGGAUGCCACCUGCAGAAGCUGAAUUGAUGUAUAUUAAGGAAGUGGAACAGCUGGAAGGCUUUGGGCAAGAAAGCUUUCCGGCCAAGGACAACAUUGGAAAUGACGCUUUCAUUGGCAUUUCCUUUGUGGGAAUAUUUGUAAAGCACAGGAAUGGAAGACCAACUAUAACAUACAAAUGGAAUGAAGUUGGAAAUAUUACACACAACAAGUCUUCAAUUAAUGUAGAAUUAACAAGCAAAGAAGAAACUGUUUUGUUUCACACGGAUGAUAUGGAAAUGGCAAAAUAUAUCUCACGGUUGUUCACAGCAAGGCACAAAUUUUAUAAACAAAACAAAAUCUGCACAGAACAAACACAGUCACGCUCCCCCACGCCUAUUAGGAGACCACCCACAUGGAGCAGAUCAUCUUUGUCAGGGCAACAACAGCCUUUUAUACUGCCAACUAUGCACAUCCAGUAUGGAGAUUAUCCUGAAACAAACACAUCACAAGAUAGUAUUUACCAUGGCAAUGAGGAAGGGUUCUACUACCGAUCUCAGACCAGCUUGGACAGAUGUCCAAUGGAAUAUAAUUACAUGAAUGGAACUGUGCCAAAUGGCAGUGUGUACAGUGCUCCUAGUAUGAACUCGUUAAAUCAUUCACAAAACUUUGUCCAGGCAUCUCCAAUGUCCUCUAAUCUCAGCAUCCCUGGAAGUGACAUCAUGCGUCCAGACUACAUCCCCAGCCAUAGGCACAGUGCUAUCAUUGUGCCCUCAUAUCGGCCCACACCUGACUACGAGACUGUGAUGAGGCAAAUGAAACGAGGCGUCAUUCAUAUGGAUUGUCAAAGCCAGUCACUGAGGAACCUUAAUAUUGGGAACACUCAUGCCUACAACCAGCCCGAGGCUAUGGUUUACAGUCAGCCAGAGAUCCGGGAUAAGUAUCCCACUCGUUAUGGGUCAAAGCACAGUUACAAAAAGCCUAUGGCACCAUGUGCCCAACCGAGUGCCCACCAACCUGCACCCAGCAGGACUGCAAACAGUGCAAUCUCCCACACGGUGAGCACCCCCGAGCUUGCCAAUAUGCAAUUGCAGAGUACACAGAAUUACAGCACCACCCACAUGUUGAGAAACCACUUUUGCAGACCGCCCCCUCCGUACCCACGUCCCCGGCCCGCCACCAGCACGCCAGACCUCGCCAGCCACCGCCACAAGUACGUGAGUGGGAGCAGUCCUGACUUGGUCAGUCGGAGAGUCCAGCUCUUUGUAAAGACCUUCCAAGAGGAUAGUUCGCCUGUGGUUCACCAGUCCUUGCAAGAGGUCAGCGAGCCCCUCACAACGGCCAAACACCAUGCGGCCGUUAACAAACGGCACAGCCUGGAGGUAAUCAGCAGCAUGGUACGUGGUAUGGAGGCCAUGGCGUUGAAGACUUUGAGUGCUUCGGUCCCACAGCGGAGAAAUACCAUGCGUGAUCAACGCCGCCACGAGGACCAGGUGCAGGAGGUUCAGCAGCAACCUCCGUAUCAUCACAAGAAGACGCUGUCCGACGCCACAAUGCUAAUUCACAGCAGCGAGAGCGAAGAUGAAGAAGAGACUCCCGAUUAUGAUGUUCAAAUCCCAGCAUUUAAUGACACUAUGGGCUACAGAGCCCAGCUGCAGGCAGCACUGGCAAAAAUACCAAACAAGCCCCCCCCUGAAUAUCCAGGAAACAAAAAGAGUAUAAGCAAUGGAGCUUUAAGACAAGAACGAGAUAGAAGUGCAGAACUUAUAGUCAGGACCAAACUACCAGGUCCCGAACAUGAUGCUUUCUCAAGAAAUGAACAAAUGAUGCUCAAUGGGUCUUCCCUUGGGCCAUCUAUUUCCGAGCCUGACCUGACGAGUGUAAAAGAGCGGGUCAAAAAGGAGCCGGUCAAGGAAAGACCCGUGUCUGAGCUUUUUUCUACUGAAGAUAGCAUUGUGGAAAGAGAAAUCAUGCUGAGGAAUUUAGAAAAGCAGAAACUGGCAGCAGCAGCGGAAGCCCAGAAGAUAGGGCCACUCAAAUGGGCUGCCCUCAAUGGUCUGUCGAUGGCCAGAGUUCCAGUACCUGAGGAUAGUCAAGAUGAUACUUCGAAGGUGCCGAUGGAUGAAAGGUGUAAGAUGCUGGAAAGAAAGCUGGAGGAAGACAUGGUGUUCACAGAGUACGAGCAGAUCCCAAAGAAGAUGGUGGAUGGUGUUUUCACCACAGCAAUUCUUCCAGAAAAUGCAGAACGGAAUCGUUUCAGGGAUGUUGUUCCCUAUGAGCAGAACAGGGUGGAACUUGUGCCAACCAAAGAAAAUAACACGGGCUAUGUAAAUGCCUCUCACAUCAAGGUUACGGUGGCUGGAGAAGACUGGCAUUAUAUUGCUACCCAGGGACCCUUGCCUCAUACAUGCCAUGACUUCUGGCAGAUGGUGUGGGAGCAAGGAGUGAAUGUUAUUGUCAUGGUUACAGCAGAAGAGGAGGGAGGAAAACCAAAGACCCAUCGAUACUGGCCCAAACUGGGCUCCAAGCACAGCUCAGCAACGUACGGGAAAUUCAAGGUGACAACCAAAUUCCGCACAGAUUCUGGUUGCUAUGCAACUACGGGUUUAAAGGUCAAGCACCUGUUGUCCGGGCAGGAGAGGACCGUGUGGCAUCUGCAGUACACAGACUGGCCAGACCACGGCUGUCCAGAAGACGUUCAGGGUUUUCUGUCUUAUCUAGAAGAAAUUCAGUCAGUUCGUCGGCACACCAAUAGCAUGCUCGACUCUACCAAAAGCUGCAACCCACCAAUAGUCGUGCAUUGCAGUGCAGGAGCUGGAAGGACAGGGGUGGUGAUACUAACGGAAGUCAUGGUCGGUUGCUUGGAGCAUAAUGAGAAGCUGGAAGUGCCUGUUAUGUUGGGAUUUCUCCGUCAACAGCGGAUGUUGAUGGUACAGACUAUAGCCCAAUACAGGUUUGUCUACCAAGUCCUCAUACAGUUCCUGAAGAACUCUCGGCUAAUUUAGCUGCAAAUUCAUACUUUGCAUUUGAACCACCUUAACAUUUAGCAGUGGAAAUGGAGCGAGCUCUUUCUUAAAAUUAAUCAGGUCAGCGUGGCAAGUCUGUUGUCCUUGGGUACUUUGACUUCUGUAAACCAUACUUUGGAUCUGUUGCAAUUCUUGCUGGCUUCAAAUAAGAUUGAGGCAGCUAUUGAAACCUGCCUUAAAUCUUGAAUUAUUGAAUAAGCUAACAGGAAAGAGAAUUUUCAGUGGACCGUGCAGGGAAAAUGUCAAGCUUCUUUAGUAGUUACUGCACUGGAAUAAUAAUUUCCAGU